CUCUCUCUCUCUCUCACACACACACACACACACACACACACACACACACACACACACAGACAGAGAGAGAAUUGAGACUUUGUGUGUGGACUCUGGUCUGUCAGGCUGUGUGAGGAGAAGAAACUCUGGCACAUGUUCAAACUAUGGAUCUGAGCUUGACAAUCCCGGUGGUGGCCACUGUUUCUGUGGUGGUAGUGACUGUGCUGUACUUCCUCCUGGGAGGCUCUGCAGGACAGAAGAAGCUGCCUGUCACUCUACAGGAUACCAUGGUCAAAUAUUCCCUUCCCCUUAUAGACAAACAGGAAAUCAGCCAUGACACAAAGAAAUUUCGGUUUGGCCUUCCAUCUGCAACUCAUAUCCUUGGACUGCCAGUCGGUCAGCAUGUGUACCUGUCAGCCAAGGUAAACGGAAGUCUGGUGGUCAGAGCCUACACUCCAGUAUCCAGUGAUGAGGAUCAGGGAUGUGUCGACCUUGUGGUCAAGGUGUACUACAAGAACUGCCACCCCUCCUUCCCAGAGGGAGGGAAGAUGUCUCAGUACCUGGACAACAUGGCUAUUGGAGAUAGCAUUGACUUCAGAGGACCCAAUGGACUGCUCGUGUAUCAGGGAAAUGGUCAGUUUUCCAUCCGACCAGACAAGAAGUCAGAGCCGAAAGUUCGAAAGUUUAAGCAAGUUGGAAUGAUCGCUGGAGGAACAGGCAUCACUCCUAUGCUGCAGUUGAUCCACAGCAUCACAGCAGACCCCACUGAUAGCACCAAGUGCUCCCUCAUAUUUGCCAACCAGACUGAGAAAGACAUCCUUCUGAGGGAGGAGCUGGAAGAGGUAAAGAAGAACUACCCUGAUAAAGUGAAGCUGUGGUUCACACUGGACAAACCUCCGAUGGAUUGGAGCUACAGCUCAGGGUUUGUGACCGAUGACAUGAUCAAGGACCACCUUCCUGCUCCAUCUACUGAUGUCCUUGUUGUCCUGUGCGGUCCUCCACCGAUGAUCCAGAAAGCCUGUCUGCCAAAUCUGGAUAAGCUGGGACACAGAACAGAAAACAUUUUUGCAUACUAGUGUUUUGAUUGACUACAAAAUGUCUUUAUUCCCUGUAAUCAUCCAGUCAUUAAAUCAAAAAUCACUGUAUGAACACCGUUAAUGGCCUAAUACUAUCAUGCUUUUCAUUUAGGCAUGUGUGGUUUUGAUGGCAGCGAUCCCAGUACAACUGCAAACCUGUACCAUGAAGUGGGUACACAAUUGGCAUCAAAAUUAACCAGUAUCAUCACUAUGAACAUUUCAAUGGACUCAGGUGUCUUCUUUUAUAUACAAUAUUUUAUUAAACUUCCUAUCUGAGGGCACCUGGGUAACUCACCUGGUAGAGUGCGAGCCCAUAUACAGAGACUCAGUCCUCGAUGCAGAGGCUACGGAUUCGAUUCCCCCCUGCGGCCCUUUGCUGUGUCAUGUUGUUGUCAAUGUCAUUCCCCCUCUCUUUGCCCUUUCAUGUCUCAGCUGUCCUCUCACAAAUAAAGGCCUAAAAUGCCAAAAGAAAAAUCUUUAAAAAAAAAAAAAACC